AUGGCGCAGGGAGGCUCUCCACUCGACUUCCACAUGCUGCAGGAUCUAAAGCAGCGGUUUCCAGAGAUUCCCGAAGGAGUGGUGUCCCGGUGCCUCAUACAGAACAACAAUAACUUGGAUCUAUGUUACCACCUGCUGGCCCAAGAAAGUAAUAGAUAUCUGUAUGCACAGUUUCACCCAGGAAUCUACCUGCCUCCAAGACCUCGGCCUGCAUCCUCACCUCAGCCUGCCCAGUCGGCCUACACCUUUAAAAUUAAAGUGUCUCCUGGCGGCCAGGCUCAGAGGCCACUCGGUUCUCCUCCUGUGGCUGAAGCUGAGUCUCUUCUCAAUAUUGUGGAUCAAGUGGAAAACAAUGCGGCACCUCCACCAAUCCUCCCAAUCUCUGCUUUAACCGGGACAGCUAGCAGCCUGUUUCAGCAAAUGCCACGGCGCUCAAGCUCAGGGUCUGAUGACUACGCUUACACACAAGCUUUGCUACUACACCAGCGGGCCAGAAUGGAGCGCCUAAUGAAAGAGCUGUUGGCUGAACGACAGAAACUUGACCAACUAAAAGCUGAUGUCAACAAUAUGGAAUAUGACGCUCUUCAAAGACGAUUUCGUCGCGUCAACUCCACCAGUCUUAUUCCAAGACCUGAAGAAAUGACCCGAUUGAGGACGCUGAAUAGAAAGCUUCAGAUUGAUAUUGACUGUACCCUAAAGGAGACUGAUCUACUGCAAUCUAGAGGAAAAUUAGAUCCUAAUGCAAUGAGUGACUUCUACAAAAAUAUCCAGCCUGGUCCAGCUGUGCUGCCUCAAUCUUACAAAAAAGAAGAGCCGGCCUCUAAACCAGCACUGCCGCCUCCAAGAGAUGAAGAUUUUGAAGGAGCUCAGUGGAACUGUGAAAGUUGCACUUUUCUCAACCACCCUGCUCUUAAUCGCUGUGAACAAUGUGAGAUGCCCCGCUACACCUGA